AGUUAAUUCAUUUUAAUUUACUUAAAAUAAUGAAUUUUUGUUAUAUUUUUACAAUUUUUUGUGCCAUUUUUCUAUUGGCUGUAAUUUUUGUAAACCAGAUAGAGGCGUAUGUGGCCAGACGCCACAAAGGCAAGGCUGUUCAGCAACUAAAUGAAUUUCGUCAAGAAGCCUUAAAAACUAAAGAGGAUUUAGAAAAGUUAGCAAAUAUGAUAAGAGAAAAUCAGGAGCAUGGCAAAAGAAAGCGUCGUCAAACUACAAGCAAUAUAUUAAAUAACUUUCCUCAAAAUAUUGAUAAUGAGAAAUUCGAUUUAGAUGCAAUUAAUCCCAAUCCAUUAACAGAUUUUUCUAAGGAAGUAAGUUUUGGUGGAGUUUGUAUGCCAGAUAGUUUGAAACAUUCUUUGCAGUCUUCAAAGGAAUUUAAUGGUUUUUUGAGUAACCUGAAGCUGGAGCAUACACAAAUGCCUAGAGAUCUUAAUUUAUGGGAGAGAGAACAAAAAAAUGGCGAUGAAAAUGAAGAGACAAAUGAGAGUAGAAAUAAUGAAGAGAACAGUGUUGGAAGAAAUGGGGCGAAAUUUUCGGGGUUUUCCAGAAAAUUUCGCCCUAAGGAGCAUUUAUAUAAAAACUCUAACAAUCAUGCACAAAAUACCGAAAUGCUCAAGAGCUUUUUAAGAGAAAAUAGUGGUAUAAACUCUCAUCAAACGUUUAGCUGCUUGAAUUCGGAUUUAAGCAGCUGCCAACACUGUUCGGAGCAUGAGCAGGUCAAAAACAUGAAUAAUAAUGCCAUGAAAAAUAAGUAUUGGUCUCGUGUUAGUGACUAUCAGAUCAACAAAGACAGAUUACCUGAAGCACAUGAUAAGAAUUCUAAAAAUUUUCCCAAAACUUCUAAACAUCUUAAGAAAUUACAAUCUUUUGGACGAAAAUAUCCCACAGAAAACCAAAAAGAUGAGGAUGAUGACGAAGAUGAGGAGGAAGAUAGUUUAUAUCAACUUAGAAACCCAUCAGUUAUAUCAAACGACAAUAAACAUGAAACAGAAAAUCGAAAUUCUUCUCCAUAUAAUAACCACAACUACACAAACUUUCCUAAUAUGGAGAACAAAACAAAUUCCUUAAAUGAUCAACUUGAAAAUACCAAAAAUAACCUGUCCCACGAAGCCAACUACAAACUCUCCAAAGUUGAACAAGAUAACUCGGAGAAGCAAAAAGAUUUCUCCUGGAAAUGGGGCAUAUUCAAGAGAUCUUAUCAGUUUAAUCCCAUGAAUGAAAUCAAGCUAAAAACUAGCAGUCGUUUAAUGAAAAAAGGCUUUGGAGCUUCCUUGCCCAGCUACUCAUUGGGAGAGACACGUAAAGAGCUAUUGAUUGAAAAUAAGUUGAGAAGAAAAGAAAUGGAAAUGCUACAGCAGAAAAACCAGAAAUAUGAAGUGGGAAAUUUGAAAUCCUUCAAAGAGCCAUUUGGUAGUCAUAUAAGGGAAAAUAAUAAACAUUUGGAGGAUUUUGAGGCUUCACCUAUGGAACCAGAUUUGAGGGAACUGCCUCAAAAUAAUUGGAAUUAUAAUAGAAGAAAACGAAUAAGUGAUUCAUUGGCCAGAUACAAAAGAGAGCAACAAGUAAAUAGCGCAAAUGAAAUGAUAGGUUUGAUAGAUAGUAAAGCUUUUAAUAAAUCAAGUGGAAAAGUAAACAAAUCUUUUAAAUCUCUUAAAGAUAAAGAAAUAGUAAACCACUCUUUGCGAUCUGAACCAAAUGAAGUACAGACUUACAUAAAUAAACCUAAUGAUAAGCCAGAGGACUCCAUAAAGCCUAUAAAUCCUAAAGAUAAUAUUGAUGGAGAUAUCAGCAAUCAAAUAGAAGCAUCUAAAAGACUAGAUAAUUCCAAAAAAGCUUUAAAGCUUAGAGACACUGUUGCUGAUGAUGAAGAUAUCAACAAUCAAAUAGAGGAAUCUGAGCUUAAAAACACUUCUGCUAAUUUUGCAGUUCAAAAUGAACCCCAUUUUCUUGUAGAUUCAAUAAAAGAAACAUAUAAAAUACCCAACUUUCAAGAUUUUCCAGAAAUUCUAGAUACAAUUAAUACAAAUCUACAAAAUUUAAAAGAUAAGGUCGAUCAAGAAACCAAUUUUAAAACAGUACGAAGAAGAAAGCGAUCUAUACUAAUGAAAACAUUUACAAAGGAUUUAGACGCUGUUAAAACAGCAAAUAUUUCACAGAACAAAUCACAAACAAAGCCUGGUAAUUUUUCUAUUAGACUCAAACAAUCUUUAGUAAUACCACUAAAGAAAACCCCUAUAACUUUAAAAAUAUUAAAACGUGUCAAACGCCUUAAACCAAGCAACAUUUUACAAUUCAAAAUUUAUCAAAAAUUCCACACUCCUCCAGCUUUAAGAUACAAGUAUUAUAAACUCAACGGACAAUCAUUUAAAAAGCUUUUGAAAUACGAUAAAAGAACUAGAAACAAGAGAUCAUUACAAUCCAAGUUUAUUGCCUUAAACAGCUCCACUGAAAAGCACAACUUCAUAACUAAAUUAACCAAAAAGUUAUAUAGAAAAGCUCGAAAUUUAAAAAAGCAUUUUAAAGCUUUUGUAAAGAAAUCGUUGCAAUAUUUAACACUUCAAGAGACAUAUAAUCGAAUAUUGAAAAAAUCAAAAAAUUCUCUAAAUGAAAACUAUAAAGCUAUACCCAUUGAAAAUAUAGAAUCAGAAGCUUUAAAUGUUUCGGAGCCAAAUAAAAAAGCUGAUGUCAUAAAUUUAAAUAAGCAAAUGAUUAAUGAAAGCUUUACGGUUGAUGCUCUAACAAUAACUUACAAAAUCAAUAUAAAUCCAAAAUUGAAAUUUUUGAGUGAAAAGCUUUACAAUUUAUUUGGUUACAAUCAAAGUUUUAAACGUUUAAAUGAUAAAGAACAUACAGUAUAUUACAAAGAUCGAUCACAAAGAUUUGUGAAACAUAUUAAACAAAUUGAUAAUGGAACAGAAAACUCCUCCAGAUACUCUAAAGCAAACAAUAAUGCAACUGAAAAAGCCACAACUUCUAAUUUUAAUCAAGAAGAUUCCAUAAAGGUUAGAAAUAUGUUUGAAAAUAAUCUCAAUCAAACUUUAAGCUCAAAUGAAAGUUUUGUCUCUAGAAAACGGCAAAAGAGAGCUAUUGCAUCUCACUAUAAAAGAACUUUGAAACAUCUUAAAUUAAACCGAAAUGAUUUUUUGAAGAGAUCCCAAAUAUUUGCCAAAACACUAAAACGCUCAAAACGAUCAUUGAACUCAAAACAAUCGGAAACUAGUCUGGAAUCUGAUACAACCAAACAUUUUAAUGAUAAAAGAUAUUUUUCUCAGUUUGAUGAUUUAUACAAACCACAACAUACAAUGGAUUAUUUGGAUAGAAAGCAGAGCAAAUUGAAUCAGGGAAACGAUUUUGAUUUCCAACGAAGUCUCAAAUCUUUUGAUACCGAUCAGUUCAAUAAUUUUAAACAGAAAGACAACACAAAUUUUGAUAAUUUAUGGUUUAAAGAUAAAUCAAGCAACGACAAUUUCAAUGAACAUAAAAGAUUUUUAAACCCUAAAAAAACAAAUCAAAGAAACACACCAAACAAAUAUUUUAAAAGACAUAAUUUUAAUAUUUUGCAAAAGAAUUUAACAAGUAAUAAAACAAAUGUUAAGAAUUUGAAAUCAAGGGAUUUUCCCCUAAAGGUGCAGAUGAUCAAAGAUAAAUAUUUAAGUGACUUAAAAGACUUUAAUCAAAACUAUAAAUUUAAUGAAAAUCAUUUCAAUUGGCCAAAUCCUAUACAAAAAAGUUAUAUAGAUAUUAAGGACAAUUCCACAACUACUGAUGAUUCCCAAAAACUGGGCUUGGAGUUGCGUAAUGAAAUCUUGAAUUGUAAGGCUUUUGCUAGUUUGGAGGAAUUCUUAAAGUCUUUACCCAAGAAUAUAACAAACUCUUUAUUAAAUGGCAUAACCGAAGUACCUGUAAAUUAUCAAAGUACCGAACAAAUUGAAAUGGCUGUAAAUACACCAAUUAUAAUGGAAGUAACUACAAAUUCUGGGCAUACAGUUUUGGACUCUACAAUUAAUUGUUCAACUACCACUGAAGCUAACACUUUUGAGGAAACUGAAACUAAUACAGAAUGCACGGAAGAUGUUUAUCAACAAUCUGAUCUAGAUUCUGAACAGUCUACAGAAUCGAGAUCAGAGGUGAAUAAUGAAAGUUCUACUGAGUCUUCUAUGGAGGCUGUGACAACAGAAUGUUUGCCAUCAAACCCAAUGGCUGAAGAUGAAGAUGUUAAAUUAAAUAUUACCAUUAAUGCUAAUGUCCAUGGCAAUCCGAAGACUCAUCAGUUUUGUGGCAAUGGUUCAUUUAAUUUUAUACCCGGUUUGGAGGAUGAGCGAAGACGUCGUGAGAUUUUCUAUUCUUCUCUUGAAAAUUUCCAAAAACGUAAAUGUGCUCAAAUACCAACGCAGAAACCUUAUGACGCAGAGGACAAUGAGGAUUUUAGCGAUUUGAUGUCCGGUAAAUUAUCGUCUAAUCUUGUCAAAACAAUACUAAAUACAGUUAGAGAAAGUCCCAAUCUAAAAGUACUAUGGCCCAGUUUGCAACAUAAUCAAGCCAUAGAAAACACAGCUGCACCAAAUUUCUACGCCAUAAGAAAUCAGCAAAAUGAAAAUCAAUUACAAAACCACGAAAAGCUAUUAGCCCAGAUAAUGUCGUCCAUUAACAACAUCAUUGAGCAACAGGCUAGAUCGCAUGCUUGUGUGCCCCUACGACCCGACUUACAAGAAUUCUACAACAUCAUAUUGCAAUCUCGCCGAGAACAGGAUAUGGUAAGAGAUAAACGCCAACUAUCCAAAACUACAAAAAAUGCAAAUUUCAGUUACAAGCUUAAUUUACUAGAUUCCAACAAAAUCGAAGAAGAAACGAAAAUAGUUAAAAAAUUACUAAAACAAUAUGAAGAAUUGCCACAACAAGAUCAACAACAGGUAUCAGCAGUUAGAAAUGAUCUAGUCAAGAAUUUGUUGAUUUUACGGCAGCUACAGGAUGAUGAAGAGAGACAAGAUCAAGAGCUAAGGGAGAGGCGGCAACAUGUUUGGGCUGUAAAUGAUGAGGAUGUCAAAAACGAACGGCAGAGUCAAUACAGCGAACAAUUUUUGAAAUUAUUAAAGGCAGCCGAAUUUUAUACGGAAUUUACUAGUGAAUGAU